UCUGAUUGUUACACAAUUGCUCUAUCUUUUCCUUCCUCUAUGUAUGUAUAUACACUGCCGAUCUGCACCCUUCACUUAAUCAAGGAAACAGGCAGCUCCAAGACCCUACUGAACGAGUGAAAAUGGUGAAUGAAGAAAUGGGCUACAAAGCUCAUGCUCUUAUCCUUCCCUAUCCUCUUCAGGGUCACAUAAACCCCAUGUUACAGUUCUCCAAGCGCUUGGUCUCCAAAGGAGUCAAAGCCACACUAGCAAAUACCAUUGCCAUCAACAAGUCCAUGCAUUCUGACCCAACUAGCCCUGUUGAUAUUGAAACAAUAUCUGAUGGCUUUGAUGAAGGUGGUUUUUCACAGGCCGAGAGCACAGAGGUUUACUUGUCAACUUUAGAAUCUGUAGGUGCACAAACCUUGGCAGAUUUAAUCAAGAAACUUAAAGAUUUGGGUCGCCCUGUAAAUGUACUUAUCUAUGAUGGUUUCUUGCCAUGGGCACUUGAUGUAGCCAAGCAAUUUGGACUGCUUGGAGUGGUGUUUUUCACUCAGCCUUGCACCGUCAAUAACAUAUAUUAUCAUGUCCAAAGGAGUAUUCUUCCCCUGCCACUAGCAGAGCCAACUGUUUCGCUUCCUGGAUUGCCUCUGCUUCAAGCUUCGGAGACACCGUCUUUUGUUUCUGAUUCAGGAUCAUACCCUGGCUUCCACCAUCUGGUGGUGAACCAAUUCAGAAACAUUGAUGAAGCAGAUUGGGUACUCUAUAACAACUUUUACAAAUUGGAAGAAGAGGUGGUGGAUUGGAUGGCUAAACGGUGGCGAUUGCGGACGGUAGGGCCAACCCUUCCAUCUAUGUUCUUGGACAAAAGACUUGAAGAUGAUAAAGAUUAUGGCAUCAGUCUGUUUAAGCCAGACACUCAGACCUGCAUGAAAUGGCUCCAGGACAAGCCUAAAGGUUCAGUUGCGUAUGUCGCUUUUGGGAGUAUGGCAGAACUUGGAGCAGAACAAAUGGAGGAGAUUGCUUGGGGAUUGAAGGCAAGUAAUCGCUACUUCUUAUGGGUUGUUAGGGAAUCAGAGAAAGCAAAGUUGCCUAAAAAUUUCAUGGAGGAGACAUCGGACAAGUCUUUAGUGAUCUCAUGGUGCCCACAACUGGAAGUGCUAGCCCAUGAAGCAACAGGGUGCUUUAUAACACAUUGUGGGUUCAAUUCUGUUCUUGAAGCAUUGAGCUUGGGUGUUCCAAUAGUGGCAAUGCCUCAAUGGACAGACCAACCCACUAAUGCUAAGUUUGUGGAGGAUGUUUGGAAAAUUGGAAUUAGAACUUGGCCUGAUGAGAAAGGUAUUGUGAGAAGAGAAUCGGUGGAGCUCUGCAUUAGGCAAAUAAUGGAAGGGGAGAAGGGAAAAGAGAUCAGGGAGAAAGCAAACCGUUGGAGGAUUUUAGCUAAGGAGGCUAUUAGUGAAGGUGGAAGUUCAGAUAUAAACAUUGAUGAAUUUGUGGCCCAAUUGGGCAGCUCCUGAGUGUUUUGUAUCACUGAAUUAUCAGGACAUGAAUAAGUAAUUUGUCUUCUUUAUUUUAGUGAUAAAUAAUUUUCCCAUUAUAAUUAAUGGAGUUGAGUUACA